UAAAAAAAUUGUAAUUUCAGUUAAAGAUGAAAAGCUGAAGAAUUUGUGCAUGAAUGAAAAACCUGAAAAAAGUUUUUAGAGACGACUUUUUUUUCAUGCCUCAUAUUUUUUAAAAUGUAAAAGUGAAGUCGAUUUUGACAUAAAUAGAAUGAGAUCAUUUGCAUUGAAUAUUUUUUUAUUAAAAUUUUUAUCUUUUAACUAUUAGAAACUGUAAGCAGUAUACGAUAACAGGAGUAAAAGUAACAAUGAGCUGUAAUAGAAUUUCAUCUGCGGUAUAGUCAUAAGUUGAAACUAUUUAACAAAAGUCAUUUUCUUUUUUAGCAAUUUUUCUUAUAAAAAAUUAUGAAAGCAAUUAUUUUAAUGGGGGGUUACGGAACACGUUUGCGUCCUUUGACAUUAAGCGUUCCAAAACCCUUAAUUCAUUUUUGUAAUAAAUCCAUUAUCGAAUAUCAAAUAUCUGCCCUUACUAAGGUUAACGUGACCCAUGUUAUCUUAGCUGUGUCUUAUCAACCUGAGUUUAUAGAAACAAAUUUGGAAGACUUAAGGCGAAAAUUUAAUAUUGAAAUAACCUGUUCGGUUGAGGAGAUACCUUUAGGAACCGCAGGCCCUAUAAGCCUUGCCGAGAAAUUAUUAAGCGUAAGUCCUCAUGAGUAUUUCUUCGUAUUGAACAGCGAUAUUAUUUGUGACUAUCCAUUAAAAGAAAUGUUGGAAUUUCACCAAAACCAUAAAGGAUUUGCAACAAUACUAGUAACGGUUGUAGAAGAACCACAGCAUUUCGGAGUUGUUUUAUUUGAUAAACAAAAAAAAAUUACAAGUUUUAUUGAAAAACCAAAACACUUUGUUGGUAAUUCUAUAAACGCUGGUUUGUAUCUAUUUAACAAAUCUGUUUUUCAAUUUUUAAAGCCAGAACCAACAUCCAUUGAAAAGGAAAUUUUUCCUUCACUUGUAAGUCAAGGAAAAAUGUAUUGUCUUGAACAUAAAGGCUAUUGGAUUGAUAUCGGUCAACCAGCUGAAUUUAUACGUGGUACAGAAAUUUAUUUAGAACAAAUCGCUACAGGAAAGAUAUCGCCAAUUCUACCGGAAACUUUGGCGAAAGGACCCAAUAUACAAGGGAAUGUCAUUAUUCAUCCCACAGCCACCAUAGCAUCGAAUUGCCUCUUAGGGCCUAACGUUGUUGUUGGUGCUAAUUGUCAUAUAGGAGAAGGAGUCCGUAUAAAAAAUUCUUCUAUUUUGGACUCUGUUCUAUUAGAAGGGUAUAAUGUUGUAGAUGAGUCUAUUGUUGGUUGGGAAUCUAAAAUUGGAAAAUGGGCUUAUAUUAAAGGUUUAACUGUGAUAGGACGUGAUGUGACAGUAGCUCCUGAAUGCUUUGUUAAUCAAAGUAUUAUUUUACCGCAUAAAAAAGUUGGUAAUAGUAUUUUCACUCCAAAUCAAAUUAUCAUGUAAAAAUGAAGCCUUAAUUCCAUUUCUUAUCCAACUAAACAAGACUUUAAGAGCUUCACGUGUACACGAUUUUGUUAUGUGAUUCCUUAUGCUAAUUUGUAAUUUUUUGGGUAUUUUAAAAAAAAGAUUAUAUUUUGUUAAUUGCACAUUUUCUUGUAGCAAAAGAAAGUGUCAAAUUGACUAAAUUUACUGUUUACAAGUAAAACAGGGU